UAUAAUUAAAAAGACUGGGUGUGGUUUUUACAUACUCUACACUCUCUUAUAAAUACAGACUGAAAAUACAGUUUAUGUACAGUCCUUCAACCUCCAGUACCAGUGUGAUUUCAGUGCCAACUCUUGUUUGAGAAAAUGAGUGAUCCAGGUAAGUGUUGAAGUUGUUCACUUCAUUUACUGUAUUAUGUGCACUGAGGUUUUAAAUUACUAUGUAGUUAUGUAGUUUCACAACUCAACCCUGAAGUUGAGAAUAUAUUGCACUGACAUUGCAUUUACGAUUUCAAGGAGUGAGUAGACUAGUAUGGCCUAUACAUGCUUUCUCGAUGCUUACUGGGAAAUAAUGACAAUGCAUUCCUCUAUUAUUUGAAUAACUUCAAAAUAUUCUUUACUUUUUAUCCACAGCAAAGAAACCGGAGGAUUCCACACCUGGGACUGAUGACGGGAAGAAGGGAAAAGGUGGAAAAGGGGGACACGGCCACGGGAAAGCCGGCGAGCAUGGAGGAGAUCAUGGAGGCGACCAUAAAGGAAAAGGAGGCGAGCAUAAAGGAAAAGGAGGCGAGCAUAAAGGAAAAGGAGGCGAGCACGGAGAUCAUGGAGGCGAGCAUAAAGGAAAAGGAGGCGAGCAUAAAGGAAAAGGAGGCGAGCAUGGAGAUCAUGGAGGUGACCAAAAAGGAAAAGGAGGUCGUGGAGGACAUUAAAGAUUUAAUCAUGUACCAUUUGCAUCUGUUUAAUCACUGUAAUUAUUACGGAAAAAACAUGUUGAGCGAUUUAUUAAAGUUUACAAAUCUCUAAUAAAACCUACUUAUAAAACAGA